AUGGAUGCAACCAAGUCCGACAAUGGAGAAAAACUAUGCAACAACAUUCAUUCAAGAUCAAGUCAACCUUUUAAAGUAACUCAAAAUAAGCCAUUAUCAAGCAAAAAUAGAGGAGAAGACUUACGACAACCAAAAGUUAUGGAAGAUAUUGCACAAGCUGUAGAAGAUAUCAAUGAAGACGUGACAAACAAAAAUAGAGAAGAAGAAAAAGGAACAUCAAAAAGAAAAACUCGUGGGAAAACCUUGUGCAAAACGAUUCAUGGAAGAACUUUGGAAGAGCAUGAAGAAGUGACCUUUAAUGAGGAUGGUCAACCUAUUGGGCCUAGUGAUAAAGUAGUAUCUGACUUGAGCCUUUUCUUAGGAACAUUGGCUAGGAACUCAACAUUUUGUCCUCUGAUAUACACAAAUUGGUCAGGAAUGUCCGAUAAAAAUAUAAGACGCUUCUGGAGAUAUACUAAUGUAUCUCAAAAGUUUGUCUUGCCGAUUGAAGCACGAGAUUGGGUUGAGACUACCGUUAGAGAUGCAUGGAGAAGAUAUAAGCACAAAAUUAAGAAGGAUCAUUUUUUGAAGUAUUCCAACCUGACCGAGAGACUCAAACAUCGUCCUCCAAAGGUGCCAGAAUCUCAUUUUAGGAAGCUUUGUGAAUAUUGGAAUUCAAAACCACAAGCAAUCAGUGAAAGGAACACUAGAAAUAGAGCUCAACUAAAAUGGGUGCAUCAAAUGGGUCCCAAGAAAUUCUCUUUAGCUCGUGAAAAAUUUCUUGCAAAGGAAAAAAGAGAGCCUACUCAAGCAGAAAUUUUUGUUGAAACUCAGAAAGGAAAUAAAGGAAAACCAUUGGAUGUAGAAACUGAAAAAGUAAUUUCCCAACUUCAAGAAAUGGUUGAAAAUGGAGAAAGUGAUACAGAAGCAUUUGAAGCUAUUUUUGGAAAGGAGCGUCCUGGCAUGGAGGAGAUAAAUGCUUUGAAAAAAGCACACAAUAAAGAAGUCUCAGUCUUAGUGGAAAAUUUUGAAGAUAAGAUUGGUAAAUUGAAACAUGCUUUCAAAACUCUAAUGCAACAUUGCAAUCCUCAAAUUAAUAUGGAAUCAAUAGAAGAUUUGUUAGGAUUUUCUCAUGGUGAUGCUAAUGGUUCCCCAAAUGAGGCUACAGUGCAAAUGCAUUCCUCUACAUCAACUCAUGCUCCAUGUCUUGAAAAGCAAUACAUCAAUGGAGACGGUGAAAAUGAUAAUGAAUUAUUUCAAGAUGACGAUGUAGGUGAUAAAUUUCAAGAUGAUAAAUUUGAAAUGUACGAUAUAGAUAAUGAAUCUGAAGAAGAUGCACUUGAAUGA